AUGCUUAUUCAAAAAACAAAAACCUUCAUCCCCUUUGAUGAGCAUGAGGAGCUCAUCACAGCCCUCCUUGCAGGGCGGUGGUGGGCAGUAAUGGAGGUCGAAGACCUCUUACGCUCCUCAUGUGAGAAGGGUGAGUUUGGGGACCUCCCUACAGACCAGGAAGUAGAGGCCCCACAAGCAGCACCUGUGUCUGCUGCGUCCCCUGAGGAAGCACCUGUUCUGGCCAGAACCCUGCAAGGAGCAACUGCUGGCAAUGGGUCCCAACAGGAGGCAACAGUUCCUGCCAGGCCCUCACUGUGCAGAAAACUGAGGGUCCCUGAAAACAUGAGGCAGUAUGUGACAAGAAAUAUCAUUUUAACACCUUUGCCCCUAAGGCAACCCAUGGGUCGUCCUACAUCUUCCAGGGCACCUGUUCCCACUGCAUCCCCUGAACAAUCUCUGUCUGUUGCAUACCCUGAGGAUGCACCUGAUUUGGCCAGGACUCCUGAAGAUACACCUAUGCCUGGUGUGUCUCCUAAGGGAGCACCUCUUCCUGCCAUGUCACCUUUGAAGUCAUCUGUGCUUGCUGCAUACCCUGAGGAGGCACCUGUACUCACCACCUCCCCUGAGGGAGCACCUCUUCCAGCCAGAUCCUCUAAGGGAGCGCAUGUGCCUGCAGCGUCCUUGGAAGCAGCACCUGUUCCUGUCAGCUCCAAUCAGGAACUGCCUGUGCCUUCCAGGAUCCUAAAAAGACCAACUGAUCCAGGGUCUCAGUGGGAAGUGUCUGUGCUUUCCAGGAACCUGCAAGAAGCAACUGUUCCUGAUGGGUCCCAACAGGAAGCAACUGUGCCAGCUAGGCCGCCAUGGAGGCAGAAACUGAGGGUCCCUGAAGAUAUCCGGCAGUAUCUGAAAAGAAAAUCCAUCUUAACAUCUUUGCCUAUAAGGCAAGUCAUGGGACAUUCUAUACCCGCAGCAUCCUCUGUGCAAGCACCUGUGCCUGUUGCGUCCCCUGAGGAAGCACCUGUUCUGGCCAGAAAAUUGCAAGGAGCAACUGCUGCCAAUGGGUCCCAACAGGGAGCACCAGUUCCUGCCAGGCCCUCACUGUGCAGAAAACUAAGGGUCCCUGAAAACAUGAGGCAGUAUGUUACGAGGAAUGUCAUUUUAACGCCUUUGCCCCUAAGGCAACCCAUGGGAAGACCUACAUCUCCCAGGACACCUGUUCCCACUGCAUCCCCUGAACAACCUCUGUCUGUUGCAUACACUGAGGAUGCACCUGAUCUGACCAGGACUCCUGAGGAUACAUCUAUGUCUGGUGUGUCUCCUAAGGGAGCACCUCUUCCAGCCAGGUGCCCUGAGGGAGCACCUCUUCCAGCCAGAUCAUCUCUGAAGUCAUCUGUGCUUGCUGCAUACUCUGAGGAGGGACCUAUACUCAUCACUUCCCCUGAGGGAGCACCUCUUCCAGCCAGAUCCUCUAAGGGAGCGCAUGUGCCUGCAGCGUCCUUGGAGGAAGCACCUGUUCCAGCCAGGUCACCUCUGAAUGCAUCUGUGCCUGCUGUAUACCACAAGGAGGCACCUUUACUCACCCCCUCCCCUGAGGGAGCAACUCAUCUGGCCCAUUACCCUGAUAGAUCAUCUGUACCCACUGGGUCUCCUGAGGAGGAAGCAUCUCUUCUGAACAGGUCCUCCAAGGGAGCCCCUGUGCCUGCUGCAUCCACUGUGGAAGCACCUGUACCAGCCAGGUCUACAGAGGGAGCACCCAUGUCCUGUGCAUCCCCCAGGGAAGUACCUGUUCCCCCCACAUCCCCUGAGGGAGCACCUGUACUCUCUGCAUUGCAAGAGGAAGUACCUGUGCCUGCUGCUUCCUCUGAGAGAGCAACUGUGUCUACUGUUCCAGCCAGUUCCCAUGGGGGAUCAGCUAGACCCAUAAGGUCCCACAAGAGAGCACACAGACUUACCACACCCCCACCGGGGUCACCUCGGAAAAGGUCAACCCCAUGGAGCAAUGAAGUUUCAGACAAUGUAGGAAUGGUUCACCUUCCUCCACUGAAAAAACAAUGUAUGAAGGAAGACUGCACAGCCUCUCCAAGUUCUCAGCACAAUCUGAAGAGGCUGUGCCCAUGGACCACUGCAGACUCUGUAAAUCUCUCCUAUCUGUUAUUUUGCUUUUCAGAUUUGUUAAAAAACCUUUAUUUUAAAUAUUUUAUAUUACACUUUAAUAUAUGUAGAGUUAUGUCUUAA